AUGUCUAGUACAGAAGAAAACCAACUCACUCAGUCUGUAGACGGUAAGCCACAGGUAAGGAUCCUUUACCCAGACCCCAAUUUUGUAGUCCCCAUCCAGAUAGCAUCCAUGAAAAGAUUAAACCCAAUUAUCGUCAAAUUCGGAUCACACGUCACACCUAGCGAGGCGAAGUGUACAAUAUUCAUUGACCAAAAUACGGAAACUAUACCUGUUCCAAAAGUAUUUAUGAGCUACUCUUACGGCCCAAUCCACCGAGAUAUUAUAUUAGUUGAUCUUAGCCCUGUUACGGAUCCGAUCUUAGAGAGUCAUCGCACCAAAAGAAGAUAUCAAAUCAUAUUCACCCAUAGUGACCUACGUCACUGGAAUAUCAUAGUUAAUGAUAAAUAUACCAGUGAAAUUUGGCGGAACGAUUGGACCGAUUACCUAGUACAAACUCUUGAUCCUUAUUACCCCGAAUUUGGGGCCCACUCGUUCUUAACCGAAACACUAUGGUGCUAA